CCGCCGCUGUUGCCGCCGCCGCCGCCGUACCUGCGUUGCUAGCGCGACCCGCGAAAUUUCGAAAAUGAGUCAGCUAAUGCUGUUAGGUGGUACUAGUCCGCAUGUACAGCCCUGAAUUAGCCCCCGAACUUCGCACAGCGCUAACUCAUGGCGAAACUGCAAACAAACCUGAGUGCCUUCUUGUUGUUGUGCGGCUCAUUAGUAGGGCGUGGCGGAUUGCUACCUGCGCAGUGUUUGUUUGAGCAUAUUUUGCCCUGGCCGUAGCAAAUAGAGGCGUUACGCGGCCAGCGUAGGGCCGCGUAGGGUUGAGCUGUCGUUGGGAGGUGUUGUCCGGCACCAUAUCGUUUAUACUCACUUGCACUUCUUUCUGAAGCACUUAAUAGAAAAUUAAAUAUGUAAUAAAGGAUGCAGGGUAGCAUCUACACCAUAACGCUUCCGUCAUUUUACAACUGCAAGGCAGCCAUUACUGCAGUCGAUGAAAGAUCAUUACAGCAAAUAUUUGCGUAACUGACAGGUCUUCUUGACAGGCCAAUUUCAUUUGAAAUCAGCUGACAGAUCAAAUAAUAUGCUGCAAUACUAAAGUGAGUGGUCAAAAACAGCUAUUUUGUAAAGGAGGCAAAAGAUAUUUGCUUCGUUGGAACUAUCGCGGUGGCUCCUUCCUAACAAUAGGUGCAAGCCUUUCUAGAAGAGAAAAAAUCGCACAUAUUCUAGCAGAGUGAGUCAGUGCAUUGGGUGAGGUGUAGUAAAAGAUCAUCAAUCGUUGGAAUAGAACAAGCAAACAACCUUCGACUAGUCCCAUUGACAUUCUGAAUGUUUACUUAUUUUGGUAUUAAUGGAUUGACUUCACGAAAGAAGAAACACUGGAGCAUUUUUCUCUUGCAAAUAUGCUCCUUUUUGGGAUUCGCUUAGGAGGGGAUGUUGCCGACGGUUUUUGACGUGAAAAAGGUACAUUCUUGUCAAUAAGCGCGAAAUACGAAUAUUUUACUUUGUGUUUAUAUAAAUGGAAAAUUAAUUGCUUAUUAUCACCUUUGCUAUUAUUAACUAGCUUAUGGUACAAUUUCGGUUCCACGCUAAGCUCAUUUAUAGCACCUGAGGUUAAGAGCAUAUUAAGCAGCUGUGCAGAUUAUUCGUUGUUUUAGAUACCGACUCUGGGCUAUGCGAUCUAUAUGUUAAAUGAGGUUCACAGUACAAAAUAUUUUAGGCUAGUAGCAAAUUGCGCUAGUAGAUGGUACUACUGUUCGGUACCUAAGGCGGUCUCCGAAACCGGACGUAAGCACACUUCGUUUUGUGUUUUCCGGGACUCAGCGGCCUGACAAUGCUGGACUAAGGCAGCGUCAAGCUCAAAACAUUUACAUUCAGUAUAUAAUCUCUCAUGCAGGCAAAUGGUAGCUACGCGUUUUUUCAAGCUUGCCAUCGAAAUCGUUAAAUCUGGGGAAUAUUUUCGAUCAUUUGAUAGCAACGAUUUAAGUUGUGCAGGUUUUGUGCCCAUAAAAUUUGUAGAGUACCUAGCGUCCAAAUUAUAUUAUGCUGCGAGCUGUUCGGUUCGGUACCAGGAGAGAUGCGACGCGUAUGAAAACCCCCCACGUAAAAAGAAACACAAAAUCGUGUUAGGUGCUAUAAGGUCUUGCGUCUAAAACAAAUGUUUGAAUGUUUAUGUUCGGCAUUGCCGUCAAAGAGGCCCCCAAGACCACCACGUCAGGCAAAGGCGUUACCGCUGCAGCAUUAUAAGGACAGCAUAUUUUUCAAGUAGCUACUGCUUGUCUAUUCUGAGAUCUGUGUGGAAUACGUUGCUCGAUAGCAUCAGGUCCUGACUGCGCGAAUCACAAGACAAAAGACCUUUCUCAGAAUAUGCUGUCCUAUACUGUGUUGCUACGACUGUAUGGGUAUGUUAUCGUGCACAGCUUCGGUACGUGGAUAUUUAUGCGACAGAUUUUCAGCUACUGCAAUGGCCAGCCAACGAAAAAAUUCAACUACGUUAGACAGGAACAAAAGGUGUUUAUUGUAACCGGUGGUAUGGGCGGAAUUGGUAGAAAGGUCGUUGAGCGGCUUUUGUCACUUGGGUCGUUUGUCAUAAUAACGGGUCGAAGGUCGGAGAAGGAUUUAUCACUCAGACAGUCGUUUGAGGACAUCUCUAAAAUAUCAUCGCGUUAUCAGUACUUCAAAGUUGAUCUCGAAUCGAUGACAGAUACGGUCCGUUUCUGCGAGGAGGUCAACGUCUCAUUUAGUCGACUGGACGGAAUCGUUUGUAACGCUGGUACAUUGGGAGGAUCAUAUCGCCUCACUUCAGAACAUUUCGAAUCGCAGCAAGCAGUCAACUAUUUAUCACCAAUUGUAAUAAUAGAUCGACUUAAGGCUAAACUGAAGUCUACGAAACAGGGAAGAGUCGUGCUCGUUACCUCAGCAGUGCAUUAUGUGAACUUUUGCAACUUAGACGACUUCAUGUUCAACAAAGGCUACUGUCCUUAUUUAGGCUACGUCCAGUCAAAACUUGCACUCGUGUCAUACGCACGUCAUGUUGGACCUAGCCUAUUCCAGAAAUAUGGCUUCACUGUCAAUGCAGUUCACCCAGGAAUCGUAAACACGGGUCUCUAUGGCAGUCUACUGAUUAAAACUAUCGGACGCAUCACUUUCAUUAGUCCAAUGACAGCUUCAGAGACCAUACUAUUUCCUCUGCUUUCAACAACGAUGGAAAACGUAACGUGCCAGUACAUGGAAAACUGUCAGGUUGUACCUCCAGCCAAGAAAACUAUGGACAGCAAAUUUAACAGACAACUCUACGAACUAACGAGACAUCUGCUAGCUCCAUGGUUGUUGGUAGAUCAAUAGGGUGGCUAGGCGAGAAGUAUUUCCUGCAAGCUGCCCUGAUGAUGCAAAAAGAAGAAAGUCCUUGGUAGGUUAAUGAUAGAUCUAGCUAGAUUUGCUGUCACGGAACCUGCCACGUUCAUAGUUCGCAUAUAGCAGUUUAUAGGAACGAUCCACUGUUUUCGAGUAGUGGGUCUUCUACGCCAAUUUCUUAGCUCUUUCCCGGCGAUUGUACACUGCAUGUCUUUUUUAUUUAGAAAAACCAAGGGAACAAGUAGAUGGUUGAAUAGGUCGAAGUCAUUUUUGCCACCACACGUAAUUCAAGUCGUUCCUAUAUCGAAAUUAACAUAGACUGCCAAAAAUGCACUGGCGUGUCUUAAACAAAAAAAAAAACUGUAAUUUCAAGAGGACUAUAGAAAAAUAACGGUGUCACAACAGCUUUAUCGCGGUACAUUCGACUCGCUAUUGCUCUGGUCUAAAUCCGUUUGAAUAAAAAGGGUGUCCCGUCAAGUAGCUAGAUCUACAAUCGACACCAAAUUAACUUUCCUAUUCAGUCGUUCAGCUGAGUUUACGAAAGUAACUUUACUCGUAUGUGCGAUAUUGUUGCUUUGGCACCUUUUGUGUAGCAGCUGUGAGCGUUGGCAGGGAGUAACGCUUCACGAAUUUAUGCUGAUCUCACGAAAAAAAAUGCUCGUCCACAGGGAACUGUACUGGUGGGCGCUUCUGACAAUAUUUGUCUGUAAAUAAUACACUUAAGCCGAUCAAAGUAGCAUCACGUGGAUGUAAACAGAUAAGUUUGUAUAGAAUGAAAUUAGAAGAAAAAUAGAAGAGGAAAUAUUGCAACCUUGUCCCUGUUUGAACUUUGUUGCUUAGGGAUGCGGUAUGUACAGCCUUCUCUGUGCGGUAUUUAUGUGGUCUGUGGUAUAGCAGAAUAUAUAUUGAACAAAAGAAACCGAGUUUUUUUCAGCACUCUUUCCUAUGGGUCUUAGAUGGGCGUAUGGUAAUAGCGUAUGAUAAUAACUAUAUUCAUUAAGCACUGGGACUUGAGCAGUUCCACCAGUUUCACAAUAGUGACAAAGCAAGUAUAUCAACAUAUACAGUAUUUUAUACGAAUGUUUUCAAGGUGUUUGCCAAAGCA